AUGACCGAGGCACACGAGACUGGGCUCAGGCUGGGAAUUGUCCUUGACAGGAUGACAGAUUACGAUGCCACACGGGUACACAGUGUGCAGAAGAACGGCAUGAUACAAGCGUGGAACGAUGCCAACCCUGGGAAGGAUGUGCAUGUGGGCGACGAGAUCGUCCAAGUCAACAACGUCCAAUGGCAUGCGAACACGAAGACGUUCAUCAAGCACAUCGCUGGCCAGUGGAAAGCCGGGCGCAAGAGAUGGGAAGGUUCGCCCGAGACAUUUCGGCUUUACAUCCGGAGGCCAAGAGUUUGGAAGCACACCCGUUUUGCUUAUCAGCGGUUGGACAAGCACCAGAAGGACUACGCGGCGGAGUUCGUCGCUGAGCUUCCCUUGCCUGGUGAUUUCGCAGAGGUGAUCCGAGAAAACCGGAUGAGUUCAUGGAAGGCCAUGGAAUCCGUCAUGGGUUGGAAGCUGGGCGCCACAGAGGAGUGGAAGCCGGCCGUGAUCAAGAAAAUCGAGCCUCACGGAGCUGUGUUUAAUUGGAACAGAGAUCACCCGGGCAGUUUGAUCCUGGAAGGGGACGAGCUCAUGAAGGUCGACUCCAUCGCGUUUCAGCACAACUCCUCCGUGUUCAUUGCCAACGUGAAGAGACAUUUCUGGGCCGCCACGCGGGUGCCGGAGACGAACAGGUCGACGUACGUCUCUGUUCGAAGGCCUCGGGCGAUCCAGGACGCCUUCGACGAGGCACACCCUAUCAAGGAUAUUCAGGUGUCGAGCGAUACGCAGCAACGGAUCACACUCCAGUUCAGAUCCGAACUGGCAGACCACUUGGGCUGGCAGAUCGCCCCCACCGAAGACACCGACAGUGGCAACAGCGGGGUUGUCGUCAAGGCGAUCGACCAGACAGGCUUGGUGAGCCGCUGGAAUGAAGGCCACCCAGACCAGUCAAUCGCCCCCGGCGACCAUAUCAUCGAGGUGAACGGAGCCUCGUGGGAGCUGUACGACACCGACAAAGAGUUCUUCAACCUGGUCCUGAGCGAGCUUCAGCCUGAUGGCCAUGAGAGAUCCGCGGGUGAGCUUCUCCAGCUUACCCUGGAGAGGCGCGUGCGCAGUGUGAUGCAAUUCCGCACGAACAUGGAGUUCGGGGUACAUAUGCAAGCACAGGUUUCGGCAGCCAAAACCACAACUGAGCUGCCACCACUGCAGGCCCCAUCAGACAGUUCCGCCGGCGCCACAGCUGUUGGUGGGCAGGCCGGCGCUUCCGGUGAAGAGGUAGUCGACGACGCUGGCAAUGGCAAACCAGUUGGCGCCGCCGAUGAUGCCGAUGAUGACUCUGACGUCAUAGGCGCCGAAGAUUGA